AUGGUGAGUAUUUCAGACCGCGAAUAAUAUAAAGCACAAAUUUAAUUUUUCCAGAUAAACGAAUUCUUAGGCACAAGAAAAUUAGAAAGAAAAGAAGAUUUAACCGAAACCGAGAUAUUCAAAAAGAAAGAAAUCGCAUUAGAUAUAAGUUUCGGAUAUGACAGAAAGAAAAAUGGCGAAGAUUCAACGGAAUCAACUGAUCAUUCAUCAACAAUCAAUAAUAAAUAUCAUAUAGAUGAAGAAAAUUAUGAAAAUGAUUUUGAAGAGGCAAUCAGUCCAGUGCUAAAUAAAGAACCCGAUCCUCUUCGAAUGCAAUUAGAAGAUCUCGAACAACAACUCACCGCUCAAAACACCCAACGUAUCCCAUAUCGUCGCCAACUUUGUCUAAUGAUAUCAAGUGCCUCUCUGAUUGCUGGAACUAUCGAUUUUGCUGUCUGCUUCUUCCAUCAUGGCGGUGUAUACUUUCUCAUUCCAUAUUUCAUUUGCCUGAUUUUCCUUGCUAUUCCCGCAGCGAUUUUCGAAAUAUCAAUGGGACAAUUCGUGUCAACACCGAUUUUUGGGAUUUUUCACAAAAUGGCACCGAUUUUGGGAGGCAUACCGUAUUUGAUUUUGUUCCAGCGGUUCAUUACAUUAUUGAGUGUUGCCAUUCAACCCAAAUUCUAUCUUUAUACAGUCAGAUUAUUGUUAACACUGAUUACGGAUGUUGAUCAAUGGUCCUCGUGUAAAGAUUAUCCACAAAUUUGUGAGUUUUUUGAGGAAUUGAGGAUUUUCCAGUGAAUUCCGAUGAAAAUUUGCAUUUUUGCGUAAAAUUCACUGUUUUUUCUCAUUAAAAAUACCUGAAAAUCAAAAAAAAAUUCAAUUUUUAUCCAAUUUUCAGUGUGCUACGAGGUUUUGAAUGAUUGCAAAUUGAACGAAUUUUUUGAUGGAAGUAAAUGUGUGAAAGAUGAUGAUAGUGAUAAAGUUAUUCGAUUGUGAGUUUUUGGGAUUUUUGGUCGGGGAUUUGGGGAAAAAUCUGAAAAAUUCACUAUUUCAAAAUUUGAACAUAGAAUUUUGAAAAAUUGGAUUUUUUGAUAAAAAGCGUGACAUUCAGUUUUAAAAUUAUGAUUUAUUUUCAAUUUAAAAAAAUUCACUGUUUCACUAAUUUUCUAUAAAAAUUCGCAGAAAAAUUGAUUUCGGUAAACACAAGGUUCCUUUCAGAAAAUAAAAAAAUUGAGUUAUGCAAAAAUUAACUGUUUCACAAUUGUUUUUAUAAAAAAUGGCAGAAAGUUGUUUUUGACAGAAUGGUCUUGCUAGAAAAUAGAACAAUUGAGUUAUGAAAUAUUAUGAAAAAAAUUCACUGUUUCAAAAUUUGACCAUAAAAUUUUCGGAAAAUUGUACUUUUUGAUGGAAACAUAAAUAAGAAGGGUUUAAAAUUAUGAAAAUUAUGAAAAAUUCGAUUUUUUCAUGAAAACGUGACAUUCAUUUUAAAAAUUAUUAUUUUUCAAUUGAAAAAAAAUCACUGUUUCACUAAUUUUCUAUAAAAAUUCGCAACAAAUUUUUUGUGUUAUUGUAAUUUUUUUAGAAAAAACUACUUAUAAAAAACCAAAACAAAAAUAACUUCUAGAAAAUUAUGAAAAAAACUUCACUGUUUCAAAAUUCUGUGAUAACAUUUUGAAAGAUUCGAUUUUUUUGAUAGAAAGCGUGACUUAAAAAUUAUGAUUUAUUUCCAAUUGAAAAAUUUUACUGUUUCACUAAUUUUUAUUAAAAUUAGCAGAAAGUUAAUUUCAGGAAAUAGAAGGUUCCUUUCAGCAAAUAAAAAAAAUUGAGUUAUGAAAAAAAAUUAACGUUUCACAAUUGUUUUUAUAAAAAUUGGCAGAAAGUUGUUUCUGGCAGAAUGUUCUUGCUAGCAAAUAGAACAAUUGAGUUAUGAAAUAUUAUGAAAAAAAAUUCACUGUUUCACAAAUUUAGACAUACAAUUACAGAAAAUUCUAUUUUUUUCAUGAAAACAUGACAUUCAUUUUAAAAAUUAUUAUUUUUUUCAAUUGAAAAAAAUUCACUGUUUCACUAAUUUUCUAUAAAAUUUCCGAAAAAAAUUUUCUGUGUUAUGUAAAAAAUAAUCAACAACUUAUAAAAAACCCCUAUGGAUCAAUUCAUCUGAAGAAAAAAUGAAUUUCGCGACAUAUUUUGUCGCGAAAUUGCAAUUCGUGAAACGACACGAAAUAAACACAAAAAUAAAGGAGAAAUAUUAAAGGGACACGUAAUCGCUGCGAGACCCAACACACGAAAAAAGUUUUUCCUCUUUUAUUUUAUUAAUUUCGUGUCGUUUCGCGAAUUGCAAUUUCGCGACAAAGAAUGUCGCGAAAUUCAUUUUUUCUUCAGAUGAAUUGAUCCACUAGAAAAUUAUGAAAAAAUGCACUGUUUCAAAAUUUAAACAUAGAAUUUCGAACAAUUCAAUUUUUUGAUAUAUGUAAGCACAUUCAGUUUGAAAAUUAUGAUUUUUGUCAAUUUAAAAAAUUCACUGUUUCACUAAUUUUCUAUUAAAAUUCGCAGGAAGUUAAUUUUGGGAAACAGAAGGUUCCUUUCAGAAAAUAAAAAAAUUGAGUUAUGCAGAAAAAAAAAUAAAAUUCUGUGAUAAAAUUUCCGAAAAUUCAAUUUUCAUAAAAAGCAUGACAUUCAUUUUGAAAAUUAUGAUUUUUUCAAUUGAAAAAGUUCACCUUUUCACUAAUUUUGUAUAAAAAUUCGCAGAAAAAUUUAUUUCGGUAAACAGAAGAAUUUCUAAAAUUUUUUUCAAUCUAAAAACUGAAAAUUUUCAGUUUUUGGCUCUCUGAAAUUCUCAAAUUCAGAUAUUUUCAAAAAUUGUAUUCUGGCCCACAAUGAAUUGGCCGAUAUUCCUUUCAUAAAAUUAAAAAAUUGAAAACAUUAAGUUAUGAAAAAAAUCCACUGUUUCACAAAUUUGUUAUAAAAAUUGGCCGAAAAUUGUUUUUUGAUAGUAUCAAUCAAUAUCAUUAGAAAAUUUUUUGAAUUCUGCGAAACAACUUAUUUUUAAUCAAAAAUCUCCGGAUUUUUUUACAGCCUCUCCCCGUAUGCAUUAAUGGACUUAGCCAAAGUCCGUUAUCUCCAACACACUGGUUUCACCGCUUCAACUCUCUUCAAUAUCGCAAAAAGUCUAGAUAUUUCGGAUAAUUUGACAGCUCUAAUUGUUUUUUAUUCAAUAACUGGAUAUUUAUUUUAUUUGGGUUAUAGAAGUUAUGCGAAAUUCUCAAUGUUUCUGGUUUUACUCCCAUUUUUUGGCCUAAUUCCAGUCGUUUUUAUAUGUUUGAAAGAUGUUUCCGAUUAUCCCGUGCAAAUUAUUAUGAACAUUUUGUAUGAUGCAAAUAAUUUUGGGAAAAUGAUUGAGUCAAUGACGUGGUUGCAUGCUUUUAGAGUUGUGAGUUUUCAAAUUGCCACGUGGCAUCUUUUUUCAUUAAUUUUCCUGCAGGCUUGCACUUCAAUGGAACUAUCAACAGGUCAUUUGGCGACACUUGGCAGCAAACUACAAUUUCGUCACAAUUUUUUCAAAGAUGUCUGUUUUAUGGCGGUUUUUGCAUCGUUUUAUCGAAUUCUGUUCACAAUGUGCAUUAUUCCCAUCUUCCUUUUCAUUAGAUUUUUCAUUUUUCCAGCUUCUGAUAUGAGAUAUGGUAAGUUGAGCUUUUUUUUUUGGUGAAAAAAUCAAAAAAAAUUUGAAUAUUUUCAGCUGCAAAUGAAGAAGAAAUGAAAUACAACAUGUUGGAAGCAUUAUUCAAAGGACUUCCUGUUAUCACAAAACCAGGAAUGCGCGGAAAAGUUUUGAAUUCACUUUUUGCUUUGUUUUUCUUGACUAUCAAUCUCGGAUCAAUAACUUAUCAGGUUGGCGCAAAAAAUCAUGAUUUUUUUCAAGCAAAAAAUCUUGCAGCUCAUCACAUUUGAAGUCAUAAUGUCAUAUGCUUAUCGAAUUUUCCCGCGACUUUUGUAUGUAACUGAAAAAUAUGCGAGACUUGCGAUAUUUGGAGCAAUUACUGCUCUUUCACUUGUUAUUAUGAGCGAACAAUUUCAUGUAAGUUGUACAUUAUUUUUGGGAAGGUUUUGGGAUCCUGGGAGCUGAAAAUUUGGAAUCAUUGUGAAAUUUUGGUUCGGGUAUAAAUAUAUCAAAUUUGAAAAUCCUCUCAAAAAAAUUAUAAAAAUUUUGAAACAGUGAAUUUUUUUGAGAAAUUUUUUUCAACUGUUUCAAAUUUUUAAAUUAUUUUUUGAAUCUUGAAAAAUAAAAUAACAGAUUUUAGUACUUGCAAAAAAUAUUGCCACGUGUAAUUCUGAAUUUUAUGACUGAAAAUCUGGAAUUUUCAAUAGUGUCAAUUCAUAAAUCGAAAGUCCAGAAAUCAUGAAAAAUUUGGAGAAAAUUUGAAACAGUGAAUUUUUUCGCAUUCAGUUUUUUUUAAUAAAAAAAAUGAUAUGAAUUUCUGGAAAUUUUUUUAGUUAACUAAUUAAUUUUUUAAGCCACGUAGAUUUUCAGCCAAAUUUUGGUGCCAAAAACACCACGUGAAAUUUAUAUUUUAAAUUUUUCAGAAAUAUUAUUCAAAAAAAUUCACUGUUUCAAAAUGUUGACAUAACAUUUUUCCAAAAUUCAAUUUUUGGUUAUCCUUGAAAAUUUAUUCUGAAAAUUAUUAAAAAAUAAAAUUGUGGCUCUAAAAAACCACGUGGAAUUUUUAUUGGACCUACUGAUUUUUCUCGAACUCCGUAUCACAACUUAGCUCAACUUCGCUGAGCAGCACCUUAUUUUCAGAGAAAAAUAGUCUUACUUAUUUGAUCAAGAAAUCAUGAAAAAUUUCUAGAAAGUUUGAAACAGUGGAUUUUUUUGCAUCUAAAUUUUCUAAAAUAAAGAAAAAUGAAUUAAAUUCCUAGAAAUAUAAUAAAUAAAAAAAUUUGUUCAUUCAUUAAUUAAUUAUCUAUUUAAAGCCACGUGGAUUUUCAGCCAAGUUUUGGUGCCAAAACACCACGUGGAAUUUAUAUUUUGAUUUUUUCAGAAAUAUUAUUCAAAAAAUCCACUGUUUCAAAAUUUUGACAUAAUUUUUUUUCAAAAUUCAAUUUUUGGUAACACUUGAUAAUUUUCUUCUAGAAUUAUUUCAAAAUGAAAUUGUGGAGCCAAAAACCACUGGUUCUCAAACAUUCGUAUCACAGUUUUGCUGAAAUUCGCUGAGGAGCAACUCAUUUUCAAAGAAAAAUAGGCUUAUUUGAUCUCAUUCAACUCUAAAUUUCACCCCAAAUCGAAUUUUUCAGGAAGCUCUUCACGCAAAAGUCGAAUUUCGCCGUGAAACCACUGCAAGCUGGUUUUUCGCCGGUUAUUUCAUUGUACUUUUCGCCGAAUUUGUCGGUGUUCAAGCGAUUUAUGGAAAUCGUCGCAUUUUUGUGAAUUGUAUGGUAGGUUUUCCUUGCCACGUGGCUGGCAUAAAUUAUUGACAUUUUUGCAGACAAUGCUUCAUUCUCAUCGGAGCAGUUUUGCAAUAUUUAUGUGGAUGAAAAAACCGAUUAUUUAUGCGUGGGGAGCUUUGCCUUUUAUAUCUGCUGUGAGUUUUUUAGGGGAAAAAUUGGGAAAAUUCUGAAUUUUUUGAAAAUUUUUAAUAAAAAUGUUUUUUUUUUGAGUUUUUCGAAGAAUUUUGUGCUGAAAAAUCGUCAAAAAUUAGUUUGAGAAUAUUUAGAAAAAAUUCACUGUUUCAAAGUUUUUAUUCAUUUUUUCAGAACUUUUAAAAUUCGUUUGUUGGAAGUUUCUGGGGAUUAAAAAGUGAAAAUUUCAUAUUUUCUCAGUUUUUCGAUUUAAUUUUGAGGUAGAAAAUUCAUGCUGAAAAUUAGUUGGAAAAAUGCACUGUUUCAGAAUAUUCAUGAACUUUCAAGAUAAUUUCAGAAUUUCGCUACAUUUGUUCUUUUUUUCCGAGAAUAUUUGAAGACUAAUUCUGAAUUCCCAAUUUUUACUUCAAAAUAAUUCACUGUUUCAAAAUUUCUAUACAUUUUUGGAAUUUUUUUGAAGUUUGAUUACAUCCUUUGAAUUUUGAUUGUUAGCAUUUAUUUUUUCCACAAAAAACUGUACUGUUUCAAAAUUUAAUUUAUUUUUGGAGAGGAUUUUGAAUAUUCGUCAUUUGUCAAAUUUUAUUGAAAAUUCAAAAAAUUGUAAAUUAUAAUCAAAAAAUUUGAAACAGUAAAUUUUUCGGAAAGUUCUUUAAAAGUUUUCUGUCGACCUUCUUUAAAAAUUUAGAAAUUUCUUGUCAGAAAAAUUUACUGUUUCAAAAUUUUCUCAAAAUUUUAUUCUGAAAUUUUCGAUGAUGUUGUUGUUUUUUUGAGGUUUAAGAUAUAUUUGAAACGAAAAAAUGUCCCAAAAAACUUGAACUGGAAAAAUCCACGUGGAUUUUCACAGCUCAAAGUUGACCAAGUUUUUUCAGUGAAAUAAUUACAAAAGCCACAGAAAUGUUCAAAAUUUCAGCCAAAAAUGAACAUUUUUUACUCAAUUUUUAGCGAAUUUUCAGCUAAAAAAUAUUCAAAACGUGGCUCAAAAAUAACCAAAAAUCCCCCAUUUUUCUUACAGAUUCUCAUAAUUCAUUACACCACUUCCUUAUUUACAAAUAUAUCAGCCGAAUCUCUUCUCAAUGUUCUAAUUGUUGGUUUUCCGCUUCUUUAUGUUAUUCGAAUUUCGCUAACUACAGUAUUUUAUGGCAAAAAAUUCGCGUUGAUUGGAAUGAGUUAUAGAUAUGGACCAAGAAAUGCAAAUAAUGCAAGAGAAGCUGCAGCUGAUGAAAAAGCUUUUAUUUUACAGGAUUAA